AUAAAUCUUACAAAUAGUCGAAAUUUGAUGGAGAGAAAGAGAGCGGUGGUGUGCAAGUUUAAUCACGAAAGACCAAAUUCAUCCAUCCAAAAAUGAAGCCUUAUUUACCAUUAGAAAUCAUCAAAGAAAUCCUAUUGAGACUCUCUAUUGAAAAUAUUGCAAUUUGCAAAUGCAUUUGUAAAGCAUGGCUAAAUCUCAUUGAGAGUGACGACUUUGUCAAGUCUCAUCUUUCUAAAUCGGCCCCUGCCCUAGCCGUGUCGACUAUCAAGUUCAAUUCAAAUAGGGUUAAUGUUUUCAAAUUGGAAGACGGGCUCGGGCUCGAGCCCUUUUCAAAUGUUUUUGCCAAGCAUGGUUUAAUCACCAAGUUUGAUUUUCAGCGAGAUUCAACAAUACAAGGUUCUGCCAAUGGUUUGCUUCUUCUGAAAAAAGCAUUUGCAUCAGAGCAUCUCUACGUAUGCAAUCCCAUCACCCGUGAAUUUGUUGAGAUUUGUGGGCGUGUUAUUCAUAAUGGAGAUCGUUUUGGAUUUGGAGUGAGCAAAAUCGGCGGACGGCCUAAAGUUGUCCAUCAUAGCCCCGAAUCCGGAUUUCAUGUAUACACUCUUGAAGCGGGAUCGGGAUCCGUGUGGAGAAGCGUUGAAGGCGCUCCCCCAUUUUCUGACCUCUGCGACUAUUCCAUUUGUGGUGCAUUUUUUAGUGGCAAUCUUCAUUGGUUAUUUAAAAGUGGUACCACGAUGAUUCCUUAUGUUUGUUGCUUUGACCUUGAAACAGAACGCUUUAGUAAAUUUCCCGCGCCUUUCAUGGAAAGCACAUGUACAAGAGGGGUGAGUUCCUUUAGUUAUGUUACAAGUGGGGGGUGGUUGUAUGGUUUGGUAGAUUGCCUGUGUAUUCAUUAUUACGACACAUUAGACGACGAUGUGAUAUGGUUUUCGAAGGAACAUGAACAGGUCGAGAAACGUUGGACCACGCUCCAACUCGUCAUGGAACAAGAGCCUUGUUAUGGACACAAUGGCAUGGUGGGAAGGCCUUAUUAUGGAAAAUAUGCGAUGCAUGCUCGUCUUCUUCCUUUUGUUUACGGAGAGAGUGCUUGUCACCCUAUCAAAAUUUACAGAAAUGGCGGCAUAUUGAUGCUGUCACAUGAUAAGCGCUUUUUUUACUAUUCCAAGGAGAAGAGAAAUGUUACCGAAAUUAGUUUGUUCGGGAAAAUGGAUGAUGACUGUUCUGGUCUCUCCUCCAUUCUUUUCACUCCAAGUUUUCUUUCACUCAAAAGAAAUUUGGGUUUGGAGAAUGUAAAACCACUCAAAAGAAAUUUGGGUAUGAGAAUGUAA